CUGGCAAUUGGGUAACGGGAAUCAACGAUCGGUGGCACAGCACGUUUGGCGAUGUGCCGUUGCCCGUUUCGCGUGAAAGUUGCGUCAGCGGUGAAAAUAAGUACGGUAGCAUCGUCGUAGAGCGGGGAAAACAGGGUCGCGGAAAGUCCGAGUUAUGCAGCGGACAGUCGGGGCGGUGACAUUAGAGGGACGUUCAGUUGCUCGCAGGAUAUCCAGUCGUUCAAUUUUCACCGAGAGCAGCCAGGCCGAAGUCCGAUGUUGAGCUCCAGGACCACCCUACCCUCGAGGCGAAAGAUUCUCGCUCUCACGGCCAUCGGAGGCGCAGCCCUUGGAACUCUGGCCUCGUUGAGAGCCAACGAAUACGAUGUGGGGGCGAUCGGAGUCGUGAGACUGACGAGAGCCGCGAUUACCGUCUUCGAACUCGGGAGUUAUUACAAAUCGAAAUUGUACUCGGCAAAGAUCGACAAAAAGUCUACAGAGUACGCCAAACUGAAAUCUGAAGUACAUUUGUACGGUGCUCAGAAACUAUUAGAAUUAUGCUGCGCCAACAAAGGCGUUUAUAUAAAGGUAGGGCAACACAUCGGGGCCCUCGAUUUUCUUUUACCUGCAGAAUACGUGAAGACUCUCAGAGUUCUUCACAGUUCUGCUCCCCAGUCUUCGUUCGGGGAUGUUCUGGCUGUGAUCAGAGAAGACUUUAAAAAAGAUCCCUAUGAGAUCUUCGAAACGAUAGAUCCGACUCCUUUGGGAGCCGCGAGCCUCGCCCAGGUUCACAAAGGAGUUCUUCGGGACGGUAGACCAGUCGCCAUAAAAGUUCAGCACAGAGCUGUGAUGUCAAACUCUUACAUCGAUAUCAAGACUAUGGCUGCUCUGGUAAAAAUCACCUCAUGGGUGUUCCCAGACUUCAAAUUCGACUGGUUGGUCGACGAGUCUAAAAAGAACAUCCCGCAGGAACUCGACUUUACACUGGAGGGCAGGAAUGCCGAGAAGGUCAAAUCCCUUUUCAAAGAUUUCCGGUGGCUCAAGAUUCCCAGCAUAUUUUGGGAGUAUUCGUCGCCCCGUGUAUUGACGAUGGAGUUUCUCGACGGUGCUCACGUGAACGACGUCGGUUACAUCAAGGAGCACAAUCUGAAUCCUUUCGAAGUCACGGGGAAACUUGGACAACUUUAUAGUCGUAUGAUAUUUGUAGCUGGCUUUGUGCAUUCCGAUCCACAUCCGGGAAAUAUAUUAAUAAAAAAAAGCGCACAGGGUGCCGAAAUCGCUCUGUUGGAUCACGGUCUAUAUGCAACUCUUUCGGACCACUUUCGUUGGGAAUACGCCAAGUUAUGGCUCGCGAUAUUAGAUGGUAAUAAAACGGAAAUGCGAAAACAUUCCGAACUCCUGGGAGUUGGCGAACUUUAUGGACUUUUGGUCUGCAUGGUAUCCGGGCGAAGUUGGGACACCAUAAUGGCCGGCAUACGGAGAACGAAGUUCACCGCCGACGAGAGAGACGCUUUCCAGGAAGAGCUUCCAAAAGUCCUUCCUCAAAUCAGCGAGGUCCUCGAACGUGUUAACAGGCAGAUGCUUCUGGUAUUGAAAACUAACGAUCUUCUACGUGGGAUCGAACACACGUUGAAAACGCAGGCGAGGAUGUCGGCGUUCAUGGAGAUGUCGAAGUCCUGCGUACACUCCGUCUAUGACGAGAAAUUGAAGUCGUGUCGUACCCCGUUGUCCCGGUGGUUGAUAUCUCUCCAGCGUCAGUGGUCUUUGGCCAAGUUGUCCGUAUACUACGUCUGCCUUGGAAUGAUUAAUUUCGAUCUUGUGAGGAGCGCGGAGUCGAUAUUGUCCAACGAAUAUUAUAGCUUUUAAACUUUCGGCAACUUGCACGAAUCUCUCGCGUCGGUUGCGACACCGGUGCGCGUUCCAUUAAUCGCGCGCACUGACUUCGAGCAGCGCACUUCCCAGCGAUUGAUUGAACGCAUCCAUUAACCUCGCGGUAAAAGCACUGUUAGUGAAAAUAGAUAGACGCGCCAAGGAUUGAAAAAAAAAACAACUGCGGAACGAUGAAAACCAACAAUGUAGAUUGCGACUUAGUAUGCCCUACGCCCAAAGGAACCACAUAAAGUACAAAAACUCCUAGCUGUAUAUGCGUAAUGUGUAAAAUACUAUAAUUAUAUAUGUGUGUAUGAUCGUUGUCGAUAUCGUCGUGCGGUAAGUCCGAGCACACGAAGUGUAGAGGGAGGAAAUGAAAUUUGUAUCACGUUGUAUUUUUACGAUAGCUCGAAUAUAUAAUAUAAUCGUGAUAAAAUUCUA